AUGGACAAGUUGGAGGCAAAUAAUCCGUUCUUUCACCAGGUGACGCUGAGCGGCUUCCAAAGGGUUCGGGGUCUCAUCCUGGGAUGCGUCCUCUUCCCGAUCCGGUUGGCACUGGUGGUCCUCUUUUUCCUGCUGAUGUGGCCUUUCGCUCGCCUGUGCCUGGCCGGCCUGUCGGCGGAAGAGCGCGCCCGACCGGUAUCGGGGUGGCGCCGCCUGUUCUUCCAUCCCCCCGUCUAUCUCCUGAGCCGGGCUGUCUUCUUGUCGCUGGGUUUCCUGUGGGUACGGGUCAAAGGUCGGAAGGCCGACUUGAAGGAAGCCCCCAUGCUGGUGGUGGCGCCUCACAGCACCUUUAUGGACAUGCUGGUUUUGUGUCCCACCCAUCUGCCCACCGUGGUAUCUCGAUCGGAGAACACCGGGCUGCCGGUCAUCGGAGCGCUUCUGGAGUUCAACCAGUCGGUGCUGGUGAGCAGGAAUGAUCCAGAUUCCAGGAAGAAGGCCGUCGCCCAGCUUACGGAAAGACUCAACUCCAAUGGCUAUUGGCCUCAGAUGCUCAUGUUUCCGGAGGGUACCACUACAAACGGCAGCGCUCUGAUUAAGUUCAAACCCGGUGCUUUUCUCUGCGGAGUGCCGGUCCAACCGGUUCUGUUGCGUUACCCCAACAAAGUGGAUACAGUGCGAUGGUCGCACAAAGGGACGACGUGGGUGGAGGCGCUGUGGCACACCACCUCGCAGAUCUACACCAAUAUGACCGUGGAGUUCCUUCCAGUUUACAAUCCUUCAGCGGAGGAGAAGAACAACCCCGAACUGUACGCUGACAACGUGCAGAAGCUCAUGGCAGAGGCUCUCGGCAUCCCGGCGACUGACUACGUGAUGCAGGGUGGCGUGCCGGUCCAAAAAGUGGGCGGUCUCUCCCUUCCGUUGUCGUCCCCUGGCAGGGAAGCGCUAACUCUGCUUCGCAAAGCCGGGAUGGGAACGAGACAAGUGGAAAGCGCGCUGGACAGAAUUUUGGACAGGUGUCAGUCGGGGUCUUCGGAGGCAGGGGCCGGAGAUCUGGCCGCUCUGCUGGGACUGGCGGACGAACGGACGGCCGUUAGCGUCUGCGGGCUGUAUUCCCAGGGAAAAAUGGCGGAUCUCAGACAAAUCUACUUGAACGUGGCCGCCCUCUCAGGUCUCGUCGACAUCCGCUCAAUACUUCGGACGGCCUUCAAUUUGUUUGACAAAGAAGGGACAGGAAGUCUGAGUGCUGAGGAACUGUCUGACCUGAUGGGGGCGCUCCUGGGCAUCCGUCAGUAUCACACUGAGCAGCUCUACGCCGAGAUAGCCUGUAAUGGCCGUUUAAAUCAAGAUGACUUCGUGCACGGGUUGACUAGCCACACCACGUAUCAGAAAGUGGUGUGCGAGCACCUGCAGCCCAAUCCGGCCACGCGUCAUUUGCUGGUCAACAACAAUGGAAGCUUACCCCACGGCAACAAAAAAGCCAUAUGA